CAAGCAUCACGAUCUGGCAUGACAUGCGCCCGGAGCCCUAGUUGCACCGGAACAGCCACACAAUGUUUGCGCCGAGCAGGGUAAGGGCCCUGGAGAAGGUCAUCUCAUCCUACUCACCCUCGUCCUCGGCCGUCAUCCUCCCGAGCUUCCUCGUCCCCGCCCUCCACGCGACGAGGCCCUUCUCCGCGUCGGCGAGCCGCCCGUCCAAGCUCGGGAGGACACCGAUUUCGGUCCCGCCGGGCGUGGAGCUCCUAAUCGGCGAGCCCAAGGUUAAGAGGGAUGCUACGACGUACCUCAAGAUCCCGAAGAGGACCGUCACGGUCACCGGGCCGUUGGGCAAUCUCGACCUCGAGUUACCGCCUUUCUUGCGCCUCGAUCAUGACAUUGCGGCCAGGAAGGCCAGCCUGAGCGUGGAGGACACAACCGUAAAGGAGCAGCGGGAGAUGUGGGGAACCACCUGGGCUUAUCUGAACAAGUACAUACUCGGCGUGUCCGAGGGCCACACGGCGCUGCUCCGGCUAGUCGGCAUCGGCUACAGAGCAUCUCUCGACACGCGGCCGGCAUUGGAGGAAUAUCCGGGCCAGCAGUUUGUCAUCCUGAAGCUGGGCUUCUCGCACCCGAUCGAGAUGGGCGUGCCCAAGGGCAUCAAGGCCAGCACCCCGCAGCCGACGAGGAUCCUGCUGGAGGGCAUCAACAGGGAGGAGAUCAUGUCCUUCGCGGCCAAGAUUCGCCGGUGGCGGGUACCCGAACCUUAUAAGGGGAAGGGUAUCUUCGUCAACGAUGAGACGAUCAAGCUGAAGCAGAAGAAGAUCAAGUAGAAGAGAGGUGGCGCAAGGCCUAUUUUUGUACUUCUAAUUUUGUCCGGGCACACAAUUGCGUGGGCCAGACCUGUGCUAUAUACAUACAGACUUGUAUCUUCUAUUUUUUUUCGGGGAGGUACCGUGGGAUGAAUCAAGUCUCCCCGCCGUAGACACUACGAACCUCCCUUAUCCCUCA